AUGGCAUUCUCUACUCUGGCCCAGCUUGCGGAGCAAUCCAAGCAACUCACUAGCCACAUCAACGGCCUGCAGCUGCCUCACAUCGAGCGUGGCAUCGAUCAGAUUGAGAAUCAGUCGCGCAAGCUUGCCACCAAGUCGUCAAAACCCGUCGAUAUCACCGACAACAAGGCUCAAGUUCUUCUGGCGAAGAGCGGGAUUGAUGCCAAUGUCACCAAUGCGACUCUCAACGCAAUCAACUUGCGAUCGACCUAUGAUCCCUACCAACCCAUCCACGAUACCGACACUCAGGCAUUUUUGCGAUACCAGCAUGAGCAAAUCAUUGUCAACACCAUUGACGAAAGCAGACGCGAGACUGUCAUGGACUUUGAUUCAAACUUUGAAACUUCGCUGAAUUAUGACUGGGAGCGUACAAAGAAGAGGAUCUUUGAGGAACUCGGACAUAGCCAAACGCAAGGAGCCGGAUCAGACAAGAAGUUGAGACAGUCAGUGAACACCUUCCAUGGAUCGUCUAGCCUAGGCCUGUCACAGAGCUCAUCGUACGUCCCUGGAUUCAACCAGAAUCCAGCAUCAUUGGACAUUAUCUUUAGCAAGCUGAAGCCCUACUACAAAGUUUUGUACGAUCUUUGCGAAUCUCGCCUUCAAGGAACUGCUUUUCCAUUGGCAAGCAGUUUUGUCGAAGCUUCGCUCUUGGCACACAAGGAUCAGCCCAAUCCAAAGAUUCGAGAAACCUGGGAGCUGUUGGUGUCAGUUUUGGGCGAACAGGAGCUGCGCAAUGGCCGGUUUCAGAGCAAGACAUUGAAGGAGCGCGUAUAUGCCAAUGCAUACCUGGCAUCGCCCUAUAAGAGCCCUGUUGCGGCGACGUUACGUGAGCGCUUAAUCAAGGGAUCAAAGACGUUCCUUGAGAGGCAAUUCAUGAACCACAUCGACGCAGCCGUGGCAGAAAAUCCAGCAGAAGCCAACCUCGGUGGCAUUCCAUCGCUCACCAACACCAUUCGUGCAUUUGUUCAGUUGAAAUACCUCCGAUAUGGGUCGUGGUCGCAACCCAAUCUUGAGAUUACCAAUGGACAGGCUGUAUGGGCCCAGAUCUACUAUUUGCUUCGGACCGGACAUGGACAGGAGGCGCUCAAGUUUGCAAAUGAGAACGAGACGAACUUUUCUCCUGCUGAUCGCCAGUUCGUCACAUAUCUUGCCGCAUAUCUCGAGAGCGAGGAUCGCUUUUUGCCCACGCCAAUGCAGGAGCGAAUCCUCUCCGACUUCAAUCAGAGGAUUAGAUACAGUUCCGAUACGGUGGAUCCUUACAAGUUGACACUGUACAAGAUUCUCGGUCGUUGCGAGCUGAGCAAACGGACAACUCCUGUCGUCGGGGCCCUCGAGGAUUUCAUUUGGCUCCAGCUCAACAUGAUUCGGGAGACCAAGAGUGAUACCAUGCCACAGGACAAAUACGAUCUCUCCGACUUUCAGGCGCUUGUCCUCAAAUACGGCGCCAAUUACUUCAACCCCAACAACAACAACCCACUGCAGUACUUUCAGGUCCUUAUCUACUCACAGCAGUUCGAGCGGGCCAUUCAUUACCUUUCGUCCUCUAAAGCCUAUACACUUGAGACUGUGCACAUGGCAAUCGCAUUGACAUAUUACGGUUUGCUUCGCAUCCCUGCGGUGCACCGGGUGUCGGACCCCAUCCCAUUUUCUACUACCAAAGAUGCACAGGGCCAUGAAGUGACGCAUUACAACUUUACGCAGUUGAUCCACUAUCAGGCUCGCAUCAUUGCCGAGCAUUACCCGACAGAAGCGCUCACAUACCUGUAUCAAGUCUGCUUGAACACGGAUCUUCAGCCAGCCAUUAACCAGGAGCAAAUCGCACUUUGUCACAGCUAUAUUCAGGAGUUGGUCCUGCAGGCAAAGGAUUAUACGACUUUACUCGGUACCACUAAGCACGGCAUUAAGACUCCUGGUGUUAUUGAAAAGUACCUUCCGUUGAUCAAGGUUGAGAACAGUGGACAAUUCAUUAAGGACAUUGCGAUCGAAGCAGCCAAGAGCAAAUCCAAAGAGGGCCGUGUGGAGGACGCUAUUCAGCUGUACAGCAUCGCGGAGGCCUACAACCAGGUCGUGGAGCUCUUGAAUAGACAGUUGGCAGAAGUCAUUUCUAAUCCAGGACUUCAAGGCGCUGGCGAUACGGGUGUCAACAUCCCUGCUAUCAGACGGUUGAUCAACGAGUACGUGAGCGACCCCAAGGUGAACCAGCAGAUUGCACCUAAGAACCUAGAGACAUGCGGCAUCCUGCUCAAGCUAGUUGAGUUCACAGAGUUGUAUGACCGUGGCAAGUAUGAGGCUGCUGUCGCUGUGAUUGAGGAGCUGGACCUGAUUCCUCUGGAGGCAGAUAUGGCCAUGAUCGCCAAGAAGGCCGACAAGUUCCAGGGAUUGGACGAGUGUGUGGCAAGGAACUUUUCCGAUGUGCUCCUCAAGACAAUGGAGAGUCUUUAUAAGAUGUACCAGGCUCUCAAGCUAUCACCCUAUGAUCAAACUGGCCGCAAAGAGCACAUGGACAUGCUGAAGAGAAGAGCAAGGUCUUUGAUGAUGUUUGCGGGGUCAAUCAAGUUCAGGAUGUCUGCGGAUACCUACGCCAAGCUGAACCGCCUUGAUGUGAUGAUCAUGGCAUGA